CAGUGAGCCAGCCGCAGCCUGAGCCUCCCCCCACUUCUCUUUCAGGGAUAGAAAGACUCCUUGAAAGAGAGCAGGCGAACUCGCCUCCAAUUGUCUCAGUCCAACGUCAUGGAAAGACUUACUUUGUGUCGAGACUGCGAGGAAAUUGAGCCACACAAACAAUACCGGCUCGCUUGAAACGACUGUUGUGAUUUUGCAAAGGAUCGAGCGAAGAUGCGCAGGAACCUGCUUACGGGACUCACGGAGCAACUUUGUGUCUGAAGGACGGACGGACGGAAAUGUGGAGCUUCCGUCUCACAAUGUAUACGGACACCAUCGCUCUCAACUCAAGUGCACUUUUCGUUUGGAAUUAUUUGCAUCCGGGACCGUUUUCAGGAUCCGUAAUGUGACCAAAGUGGGGGGGAAAAAACGAGCGGGCCCGGACCAUAUAUUUUUUUUGGAUGAUUAAAAGCAACGUUUCGUUCCCGGAGCUGGUUGGUGAAACCGGUUUCUUAACUGAUUUGUUCGUUACAGGGAAGUCGAAAUCUGUACAUUAAGGGGGCGUUUAGGUGCACGCAAAUGACUGCGUGAUUUAGACUAACGAGUGCAUGGCUCGAUGGGCUUGUAGUAUUCUUAUUAGAGUUCAAGUGCGAGGAAUAAGUUGAGUAAACAGCUUUUGACUGACAGUGCCGUUGAACACCUGAUCCGUGUCAUAUGAGAUGAGUUGAAAUAUUCAUUCAGGUCUCCUAGAUGUUUCCAAUACAGCUGCUAGAAACCAUGUGCGUGUAGAUUAUUUGGCAUUAUUGAUAUUGUUUUGUGUCUGAUCAAUCUGGACAAAGUCAAGAUGUCGGUGAAAGCCAAAGCCCUAUACACAUUCCAAAGUGAAAACAAAGAGGAGAUCAGCAUCCAGGAGAACGAAGAACUGAUCAUCUUUGACGAGAACUCCGUGGACGGAUGGUUCCAGGGGGAGAACAGCCGAGGGGAGCGGGGUCUCUUUCCGGCGUCCUACGUGGAAGUCAUUCGCACGCGUUCCAACUCCAACGUGACAGACUGCUCCAUCAGCCCGGCGGGUUCUUUGGGGAACGAUUCGUAUUAUCUCAACUCCACCGCCAACACCACCCUCAACUCGCAACCCACUUACUACGAUAUCGACGACGAUGACGACUGGGACGUCUGGGAUGAUGCGUCAACCGUGGUGGAGGACGCUGAUAUCGACCGGAGCCCCGGGGCCAACGGUCACCCGCGUCAGAGCCCGCCGUCCAACAACCCCAACGUGCACUACCGGGCCAAGCCGCCCAUGGAAAGGCAGGACAGCAUCUCCAGUGGCAGGAAAGGCAGCAUGGUGGGCCGUAAUCUGAACCGCUUCUCCAGCUUCGUUCGAUCCGGCGUGGAGGCCUUUGUGUUGGGGGACGUGCCCAUGAUGGCCAAGAUAGCUGAAUCGUACACCAUCGAGAUGAACCCCCUGGGGCCUAGAUGGAAGGAGAGCCCGCAGCCUUUCUCCUGCUCCAUCGAAGACCCCACCAAGCAGACCAAGUUCAAAGGCAUCAAGACGUACAUCUCGUACCGCGUGACGCCGAGCCACACGGCUCGGCCCGUGUACAGGCGCUACAAGCACUUUGACUGGCUCUACAACCGCUUGUUGCACAAGUUCACCGUCAUCUCCGUGCCUCACCUGCCGGAGAAGCAGGCCACGGGACGCUUUGAGGAGGACUUCAUUGAGAAGCGCAAGCGGCGCCUGAUCCUGUGGAUGAACCACAUGACCAGCCACCCGGUGCUCUCCCAGUACGAAGGCUUCGAGCACUUUCUGAUGUGCGCCGACGACAAGCAAUGGAAGCUGGGGAAGAGGCGGGCCGAGAAGGACGAGAUGGUCGGGGCGCACUUCAUGCUCACCCUUCAGAUCCCCAACGAGCACCAGGACCUUCAAGACGUGGAAGAACGGGUGGACACCUUCAAGAACUUUGCCAAGAAGAUGGACGACAGCGUCUUGCAGCUCACUCACGUCGCCUCGGAGCUGGUUCGCAAGCACCUGGGCGGCUUCAGGAAAGAAUUCCAACGACUGGGCAACUCUUUCCAGUCCGUCAGCCAGUCGUUCACGCUGGACCCUCCGCACAGCUCCGAGGCCCUCAACAACGCCAUCUCGCACACUGGCCGCACCUACGAGAACAUCGGCGAGCUGUUUGCUGAGCAGCCCAAGUACGACCUCUUUCAUAUGCUGGACACGCUGUCGCUCUACCAAGGCCUGCUUGCCAACUUCCCAGACAUUAUUCAUCUACAAAAAGGUGCCUUCGCCAAGGUGAAGGAGAGCCAGCGAAUGACAGACGAGGGCAAGAUGGACCAGGACGAGUCGGACGGCAUCCGGAAGCGCUGCCGGACGGUGGGCUUCGCUCUGCAGGCCGAGAUGAGCCACUUCCACCGGCAGCGGGAGGUGGACUUCAAGGACAUGAUGCAGGCGUACCUCAAGGAGCAGAUUGCCUUCUACCAGCGCGUGGUGCAGCAACUGGAGCGUACGCUGCGCAUGUACGACUGUCUCUAAGGACGACGCGCGACAAACGCAAGGAUGCUCCCAACUCCAGACUGAUCACGUCACGGAUGACGGCGUCGCAGCGAUUUGUUUAUUUGACAUAAUUUAAGGUAGGACGUAACGUGUAGGUUUUAAAUUUCUUCGCCAUUCCUUGAAACUAAAGCCAUCAAACGGGUUCAGUCCCCUUCUCUUAAAAAAGAAAGAACACAAGAAUGUCUUAAACUGUCAGCAUCACUUCCGUUUCCCAGUGAGCAUCCAAAUGUUGCUGAAGUGCCUUAAAGUCGCAUGUCCACCAAGUUCAGAACGGUUGGAAAAAAAAAAUCUGUGGACUUUGAAGAUCACACCAAUGUGG